AUGUCCUCAGAGCGUCCUCUGCCUGCCCUAGGGGUAAAAUCCGAAAAGGAACCGUCAAAAAAUGCCUUCACUGAUCACCCGCCCCAAGAGUAUGAUGGAGAGGGUCGCGAUGCGGCGGACGGCCCUUUCUUAUCGCCACGCAUUGCUGCCUAUGUCAAGAGGUUUGAAAACCAACUGAUUGAAUACAACCUGGAAGCCCGUGGUAUUGAAAGGGUACAGCAACAUGAACGGAUGAAAAGGUUGACUUGGGUCUCGUACCUUCAAGCGUUCUUGCUCUGGGUCUCAAUCAAUUUGGCAGCCAACAACAUCACCCUAGGAAUGCUGGGCCCCGUUGUAUAUGGCUUGAGCUUCCUGGAUUCGGCACUCUGUGCGGUUCUGGGUGCUCUCGUUGGCGCAUUAGUUGCCGCAUGGAUGGCUACAUGGGGGCCAGUCUCCGGCGUCCGGACUAUGGCAUUCGGACGCUAUACGAUGGGGUGGUGGCCGAGCAAGAUUGUCGUCAUUCUGAAUCUGAUCCAAAUGCUUGGGUACUGCUUAAUUGAUUGCGUAGUAUGCGGGCAGAUCUUGUCUGCCGUGUCACCAAAUGGGGACAUGUCGGUAGCUGUUGGCAUUGUGAUCAUCGCAGUCAGUUGUUGGGUGAUAGCCACGUUCGGCUAUCAGGUCUUCCAUUACUACGAACGCUUCGCGUUCCUUCCCCAGAUUAUCGUAGUCUCUAUACUCUACGCUGUGUCUUCAUCAAAGUUUGAUCUGUCGACGCCUUCUUCUGGAGAUCCUCGCACACUUGCUGGGAACCGAUUGUCGUUUUUCUCCAUCUGUCUCAGUGCUGCGAUUACCUAUGCCCCAUUGGCGGGCGACUUCUUCGUCUAUUACCCUGAGAGAACCUCCCGAGUGACACUCUUCUCUCUUUCAUUGGUAGGCCUUAUUGUAUCAUUCACUAUGGCGUUUCUUGUCGGUAUCGGACUUGCCUCUGGUAUUUCAAGUCAUCCAGAGUACGGCGCAGCAUACUCUAGGGGUGCAGGAGCGCUUAUCGUCGAAGGAUUCGGGCCUCUGCAUGGGUUCGGCAAGUUCUGCUCUGUGGUUGUUGCGCUAGGACUUAUUGCAAAUACCAUCCCACCGACCUACUCCGCCGGUGUCGACUUCCAGGUCCUUGGACGAUACGCCGAGAAGGUCCCGAGAGCUAUAUGGAACACUAUCGGCGUUAUAAUCUACACGGUCUGCGCCUUAGUUGGUCGUAGCAACCUUUCCGACAUCUUCACCAAUUUCCUCGCUCUUAUGGGCUACUGGGUCGCAAUAUGGAUCGCUAUCAUUCUCGAAGAGCGGUUCAUUUUCCGAUUUCGAACUGGGUAUAACUGGAGUGUGUGGAAUGACCCCUCAAAGCUACCUGUGGGCAUAGCCGCAUUUGUCGCCUUCGUAGUCGGUUGGGUCGGCGCAAUCUUGUGCAUGGCGCAAGUCUGGUAUAUUGGUCCUCUUUCCAGAUUAGUGGGUGAAUAUGGCGCAGAUAUGGGUAACUACGUCGGAUUCACCUGGGCUGGGCUCGUGUACCCGCCAUUACGGUAUGUCGAGCUGCGCAUGUUGGGCCGGUAA